AUCUUCAGAAAACAACAACAUGAUGGUCAUUAUCGGCAAAAUUUGAUAACGUUUUAGGGAGAGAAAAUUUAUAUCACCUCAAAAUGGCCACCAGAAGUUUAACAGAAGUGUUUAUUUUGAUGCGUAACAAUGCGCUUCAAAGCAGAAACAUGUUUUCUGAACAGCUUGCUGAUGACAGAAUGGCCUUGGUUUCCAGUUGUCAUGUUGAUCCAGAGUUAGGAAUAGCUAGUACCAAGUCUGCUAGACUGCCUCCAGAAUGGGUGGAUGGUGUGGAAGAAGUUCAGUUUGAAAUGUCAAGAAUCAAACAAAAAAUGAAGGAGCUUGCCACCCUUCAUGACAGACAUUUGAAUCGUCCAACACUUGAUGAUAGUAUACAAGAAGAACAUACAAUAGAAAUUAUGACAGGAGAAAUCACGCAAAUGUUCACAAGAUGUCAGAGAUUGGUUCUACAGAUCAGCAGUCGGAGUGUUCAUGGGACAGAACAGGAGAAAAGACUGUCCUCCAACAUUGUAUCAUCUCUUGUCCGAUCACUGCAGGAGAUGUCCACUAACUUCAGGAAAAGCCAGUCUAUCUACUUAAAAAAAAUCAAAUCUCGGGAGGAGAGAUCUCGUGAGUUUUUUGACACCAGUAUCGGCCCUGAUUCAGCAUUAAUGCAGGAAUCUGACCUUUUCUCAGAACACUAUGAUAAGGAACUGGAUACCGUGGGAUUUUCAAAGGCCCAGAUGCAGAUGGUGGAAGACAAUACUAUAGCUGUUCGACAUCGAGAAAAGGAAAUAACACAAAUUGUAAAAUCUAUUCAGGAUUUAAAUGACAUUUUUCGAGACCUGUCACAGAUGGUGGUGGACCAGGGGACAAUUCUGGAUAGGAUUGACUAUAACGUGGAGCAUGCUAGUGUUCAGGUAGAGAAAGGACUACAACAGUUAAAGAAGGCCGAAAAAUACCAGAAGAAAAACCGCAAAAUGUUGAUCAUCAUUAUACUCACCUGUCUAAUUAUUAUCUUAAUUAUUGUGUUAAUUGGUGUUAAGAGCUAGUAUUAGAGGUUUUGUUAGUUUUGACUAUUGUGGUAUUUCUCGUUAUUUGUGUUGUGAAAUAAAGAAAAACACAACAUGCAGUUGAUACAUGUGGUAUAUGCAUUGUAUUCAACUUUGUUUAUUUUAAUAUUGAAAAUCAGUCUCAAAAUAUAUGCAUUUACAACCUAUAAAAAGGAUUUUAAAUUGUGAAUAAUAAGCAUGUACAUGUAUUUCAUGCUCAAAAAGGUUAACUUUAGAUAUGUAAACAGAAUUAAGAACAACAAAGAAAACAACCUGAAGUGACUGUAAAACCAAUUUAUGUUACACACUAUAUCCAAUUUCUACUUUAUCUUGAAGAAAUGUAAAUCUAAAUCUUAAUUUCAAUUUUUUUUUUUUUGUGAAAUUGUAACUUUGAAAAAAUUGUUUGUAUGGGACUUAAUGCAUUUAUUGAUGAGAAAACAGUUUUAUGGACAUAUACACAACAUAGUUUUGAACUUUUUUUCUUAUUUCCUCUAUAAUUGAAGAUUUCCAAUAGAAAAAGGACCAAAUAAAUCCGUAUGUUUACUAAUUCUUCUUUGAAAAACACAAGAUUGUUAUCAUUUGAUAUUUAUUCCAAACCCCUGGUAAUCUAUGCUGAUUUUUUUUGGUUAAGAACAUCUUAUGAUUGAAGGUACAUUGUGUAUGAUGACCUUAGAUUAAUUAUCUUCAGCAUGUACUGUUGAUGUUGGGGGAGCGUUGUAUAAAGUAAAACUGUUUAUCAUUUGCACAGGUCAAAUUGCUACACAUGCUUAAGAAGGAAUAUCUCUUCAAAAUAUAUUGAUAUGAUGUAUACAACAAAUAUAUAAAUACAAUCAUGUAAAUUUCAUAUGUUUUCAGAAAUGAAAUUGCCAGUCUACAUUGUUCAGUGGUUUUCCCCCCAAAUGUUUUUUUAAAGUAAAAUUACAUGUAUUUAUAAACUUUUUAAAACCAGAGGACUUAGUUUAUUAUAUCCUUACUUAUUUCUGCUCCAGGUGUU